GCGCGUCGCCCGCCUGAGCCCACGCCGCUGUCCCGCAGCCGCAGCAACCGCUCCGCCUCCAACCUGGCGCCCGUGCCGCCCCCGCCGCCCGCGCCCGCACCGCCCCCGCCGCCGCCGGACUUCAAGCUGAGGAAGGGACUGACUUUCCUGCAGCGCCAAGAGUUCCGAUAUCGAGAAACAGCGGGUGAAGGGAAAUCAACUAUGCUCAUACUUCGCUGCAUGCAGCUGGGACUGGCAGUCCCAGAGAGGGAUAUGGAAUCGCAGCAGAACACAGCGGAUGCUUUUCGCAAGUUACGCACGCACCAGCAGUGUGUUCCGUAUUGCAAUCGUCUCGAUGCCCCGGCAGAGAAGGACCCGCUGUCGAAGGCGCAGGAGCAGAAGCUGGAGAAGCUGCGCACGGGGCGCGCGCGCAAGAGGCCCGACUGGAGCGCCAUGAUGAAGGAGGUGGAGCAGGGCCUGCGCCUGCGCCACGUGCAGUGCAACGACCGCAGCCAGCCGCUGCUGCCCAGCGCCAAGGUCAAGGGGCAGUUCAUGUACGACUCGGAAAAGCCCAACGUGCACAACCAGCUGCUCAGAGAGAUCCAGUCGGGAGUGAGGCUCAAGAAGGUGAAGACCAACGACCGCAGUCGUCCCAUUCUGGAAGGGCUGCGCAAGUUCCGCCGCCAGCUGACCAUCGAGGAGCAGGCGCAGCAGGCGCAGGCGCAGGAGGAGGUGGACGCCGCAGCCGAGCCGGACGACCUGGACGACAUCGACACGCUGCGCGACGACCUGCAGUCCACCAAGCAGAUGCUGGCGCUCGAGCUGCGCAACAAGCAGGCGGUGGAGAAGGAGAACAAGCGGCUGCAGGCGCGCAUCCUCAACCUCGAGGUGGAGCUGGACGAGGAGCGCAGGCGCAAGGCGGCGGCGCCGCCGGCCGACGAGGGCGGCGCCAAGCGGAGCCUCGAGGCGGAGAAGGAGGCCGAGGCGCUGCGGGGGCAGCUGAGCGAGGCCGGCAAACGGGCGCACGACCUGGAGCAGCGCGUGCACGAGGCCGACCUGCAGGCGGAGCUGCUGCGCGCAGAGCUGGAGGAACUGCGCCGUCGCAACGCUACGCUGGAACGACGAGUCAGCAGCGCCGGAAAGGAUCAGCCGCUCCGGAAACAGCCGUCGGCCAAGAAGCUCAACAAGUCCAUGUCUGCCGUGAACGCGGCUGCAACCAACGCCGCCAUGCCCCAGCCCGACGACGAGGAGGAGGAAGAGACGGAGACGGAGUCCGAAGAGGACGAGGAAGAGGAGGAGGAGGACAGCUCCGAGGACGAGGAGAAGAUGGCGGCGCUGCGCGAGAAGAGGCAGGCGCGCGAGAUCAAGCUGCUCUCCACCAAGGUGCGCACGCUGAAGGAGAAGCAGGACACGGUGCGCAAGGAGCGGCGCGCCCUCCGCCUGGCGCUGCGCAACCAGACGAAGGCGCUGCGAGACGAGCGCAAGAAGUACAAGAAACUGCAGAAGGAAGUGGACAAGAUGGCCAAGCUCCUCAAGGAGGACGACGACGAAGACGAGGAGGAAGAGGAGGAGGAAGAGGCCGAAGAGGAGGAGGAGGAAGAAAGCGAGGAGGAAUCCUCCACCGAGGAGUCGGAGGACGAAGAGAGCGAGGGAGAGCUGCCGGCGGACGCGCCCUUCGACGACCGGAAGAAAAACUUCACCGACAGGGCGAAGCGACACGAGAACAUCCUGGCAGCCCUCAAGAAGGGCAACUACUUGCUCAAAGCGAACGUCGAGAAGGUAAAGGAUGACCUCUUCAAACAGAAAGAGCUCUCCAUUACGAUGCAAGAGGAUCUCAACUCGGUGCUGGCGGAAUUGGGAUGAAAAGAUUGCACCUACGAUGCCUCCGCUUGGCGCGCGCGUCCCUAGCGGCGUAUUACAGGACGACGACGAAUAUGACACUGCGACGCUAGCGCCCCAAGUAGCAGCUCCACAGAACCUCAGCGGCUCGGUCACGCCGUCCUGACGAUCCCUGCUGCUAAUAAAGCGAGGGCGUAGCUUACACCUAGCGCGAGUCUUACUUCAGUGAAACCGAGUGGCCCUCCGCAAGAAACGAUACGACUGGCAUGCCCCAGUACAAAUAUAACAUAAACGUUCUUGAUGUAACUUCGCAUUUCUCCUCUUUUAACAGAGCGACGCAGUCAUAUAAAUUCAAAAUUGCAUUAAAUGAGGAUAACCUAAAUUAGCUGAAUUCUCUUCAGCACAUAAGCGGUUCGUGAAAGACUAUUCAUUAUUUCUACCGAAAUCAUCACAAUUUAAACAAGUGUGGCGUAUCCCCGAACCGCUUUGCUAAUUAAUUGAUCAAAAAUAUACUUCUACUCAGUAAUACAGUUUCUUUAAUAUUAUCUGAAUUUUGUUUUAAGGAUACUUUUUAAGUCCCAUGUCACAAAUUUAAAGAAAAAAGCUUCAUUAAUUCUCUCCGCUAUUUCUACUUUGAGGCUGAAGAAAUGCUAGUAGAUAGCUUGUGAUGGCAUAUCCAUAACUACACAUCAGCUCAUUUGCAAUAUUUAUGAAAUUUGAUCUUGUUACUCGUAAGAAUUGAAUAUUGUGCAAACGUGCAAUAAUAUCUUAGAUUGUGUAUUGUUUGGCAAUAAAAUAUAUUAUAUUUCUCAUUUGUUCUAGUAA